CUAUUAAGAUCCACAUACUUCCAGUAUAACGGAUCGAUUUACGAGCAAAAAGACGGCGCCGCCAUGGGGAGUCCGGUUUCCGCUGUUAUUGCUAACCUCUACAUGGAGAGUUUCGAAGAACAGGCGAUAACUACAUCAUCCUAUGAGCCUAGGAUCUGGAAACGCUACGUAGACGAUACCUUUACCAUCCUGGAUCGCGAAAACGUAGAUGACUUCUUACAGCAUUUAAGCAAUCAGCAGCCUUCCACCCGCUUCACCAUGGAGACAGAGAAAGACAACAAACUCGCCUUCUUAGACACCGCAGUUUUAAGAGAACCCUGA